UACAGCACCAAUAAUGCGCGUCGUUAUCCUCUGCCUUCUGGUGGCCUACGCCGCCGCCCAGAACUCUUACCAGCCAGCGCCCACACCCAAAACUUGCUCAAAGACCUGCCCUGAAAACAGCGAGUGCGAAAUCCAGUCGUGCGAGGUGUGCGUGCCAAAGGUUCCUACCUGCAAAACACACAAGUGCAAGGAGAACGAGAAGUGUGAAGAUCGCCCCACCGGCCCCGUGUGUGUGCCACGUACCUGCGCCGACAUCAAGUGCGCCGCCGGCGAGCUCUGCAAUGAUCUGCCCGAUGGCCCCGACUGCGUGCCAGAUGUGCCGUCGUGCAAGGACUUCUUCUGUCGCCGCGGCACCAACUGCUACAUCCGUGAUGGCUCCCCCGUCUGCCUGCCCAACACGUGCGAGGUGCGCGUGUGCGCGCGGGGCCUGAGCUGCAUCGACACACCGAGUGGCGCCCCUUUGCCGCAAGGGCCAGUCGUCGGGCAGGAUUGCUCCGGGCUGGAGAGCGCCGAACUGGAGAGCGCCUGGGCUGGACUGCAGAGCGCCAAGCGCCAGGAGGAGAGCGCCAGGGCUGGACCGCAGAGCGUGGGCGCCGUGUUCGAGUCGCCUUAG